ACAUGCCGGACCCCCAGCCAACCGAAAUACAGGUUUGGACGAACUCCUUCGAGAUUAGGCAGCUGCCGACAGCCGUCUGGUACCACUAUGACGUCAUCAACCCCGAUGCCCUGUUCAAACGGCGCAACUAUGAAAUCAUGGAACACGUCCAGCUCGAGAAUGCCGCGAUCUUCACUCCGAGAGCGGUAUACGACGGUCGGAAGAACUUGUUUAGCCUUCGCGACUUUCCCGCCGGCACGUUCACUGUCGCCCUCGGCCGCACGAAGAAGUUCGACGUGUUUAUCAAGCGCGUGAGCGUCAUUCGCCCCAGCGAUGUCCAAAAGCUCUGCCAACGGCGGUCGCCGGGCGACCCCAGCGACAGCUCGAUGUCGCUGAAUUUGCUUCAACUGAUCGUUCGGCAGGCACCCAACAUGCGGCACAAGUUUCCAGCCGACGCGCGCUCGUUCUACAUCUCGCACAACGCGAAGGAUCUGCGGAUCGGCCUCUCUGCUUGGCGGGGCUACUUUCAGAGCGUCCGCCCGGUUUUGAACAAGCUCAUCAUUAAUGUCGAUGUGUCGCAUGCCGCAGUGUAUACACCUGGGCCAUUGAUCGACACCAUGAUGCAGCAUCUCGGGCUCUCAGACGUGCGCCAACUGGAGACUUUGAGGCCCGACGAAUUCGGCAGAUUGCGUAUAUUCCUGAAAGGCGUCGCUAUCAAGGUGACGUUGUCAAACUCCAGGCCACGCCCUAUCAAGGAUCUAGUGCUACAGGCCGGCUUGCAAGAAUUCGACAAGGAAAAUGAGCGAUGGACCGUCGCGCGCCAUUUCGAGCACAAGUACAACCGCCCAGUCCGCCUGCCCCGCAUCGUCGGGAUUAGGAUGGGCGCCACGGCCAUCAUCCCGGCCGAGUUUUGCCAGAUCGUCCCUGGACAGGUAUACCGCAAGAAGCUCCCUCCGGAGACGCAGAAAGACUUUCUCGGGUUCUCAACCCAGAAGCCGGCGGAGCGACUCCGAGACAUACAAAACGCAGUAUCGGGACAGGGCCAACUGUUCGACUACGCUACUUCAGACUUCAUGCGCGAGGCAGGGAUGUCUGUCAAAACCGACAACGCGAUGAGCAUUCCCGGUCUUGUGAUCGCUCCUCCCAGGAUUCGAUACAGGAACGACGAGAUGAGAAUCGCCCCUCGAGCCGGCUCGUGGAAUGUCGUCGGCAAGCAGUUCAUCCAACCAGGGGUCCUUCAUUACUGGGGAGUCGCGGUGUUCGACCGCGCAGCUCGCGAGCAGGACGUACAGGAAUUUAUUUCCAGGCUGGUCGGCAACCUGCAGCGAGCAGUCGUCUCCAACCCGAUGCCGCCCAUCCGACCAGGGAACCCGGCCAACCCAGCGCCAACACUCAUGGAGGUUGCCGAUCUGGGUGUGCGUGCGGGCCCCCCUCAGGGCGCACGGUAUCCGCAACUAAUCAUCGUCAUCCUCCCCAACGCUGCUCCGGAUUGCCGCCGGGCCGUCAAGCACUGGGGAGACAUUCAACGCAAUAUCUCGACCCAGUGUGUGCGCUCCCCGAAGUGGGGCAAGGCGAACGACCAGUACUGCAACAACGUCGCCCUCAAGAUCAACUCGCGCAUCGGAGGGACCAACUCCGUCAUCAUGUCUGACGCGACCAGUUUCCUCCAGACCUGCAUGGUCGUUGGUGCGGAUGUGGGGCAUCCCGGCCCUGGAGCCGCCACGAGGCCAUCUGUGACAGGGCUCGUCGCGUCCGUCGACCCGGCGAUCAGCAGGAUGACAUCCUACGCACACGUCCAGGCCCCUCGGACGGAGAUCAUCGAGGACCUGGAGACGAUGAUGGUCGCCGCGCUGACGGACUACCAGGAUUACUACCAGAGGCAGAACAAGAAGGUAGACCCUCCGAAGACCAUCGUCUUCUACAGGGACGGCGUGAGCGAGGGAGAGUUCGCUCAGGUUGCGGCCCGGGAGAUUCCGAUGGUGAAGAACGCGUUUGUGCGAUGCAACAUCCCCAAGGCACUCAUGCCGAAGCUCAUCUUCAUCGUGGUUGGAAAGCGACACCACAUCCGCUUCUUCCCUCAGAACCCUACCCGGGACGGCGAUAGGUCGGGGAAUUGCCCUGCGGGCCUCCUCAUUCACCAGACGAUCACGAACCCGAACUACCCGGACUUCUACCUCCAAUCGCACGCCGGCCUGCUUGGGACGAGCCGCCCCGCACACUACGUCGUCCUGGAGAACGAAGCGGGCCUGUCAUCCCUCAACUUGCAGACGCUGACUUUCCAUCUCUGCCACAUGUAUGCGAGCGCAACCCGCUCGGUGUCCAUUCCGGCGCCGCGGAUCUGCUCGCGCAUGGAGUUCCACUGCGAGGACGGCGCGUCGCUGAGCGACACCGCCUCCAACUUCACCAGCGGAAACCCGGAGUUCAAUCUGGCGCAGUGGAAGGCCGCGUUCAAGCCGACUGCGCUCAACAAGCGCAUGUACUUCCUCUAGUCCCAGGGAAGAGGGGUCGCCGGCUGCAUAUUCGAGUUGGGGUCCGGGUCGGUAGAGGGUAAUGCGCCGUGAUUUCUUGGUCUGCGUGGGUACGGUACCUCCGGUAUUGAAGUGGUCGCGGGCGCCGCUGCGGGUCGUCCGCUGUGUGCUUCGUUUUUGCUGAAUGUCGCGGACUGUCAUCUUGUGUAGUACUAGCAAAGUCUCCUGGUGGCGCAGUGGUCUGAACCUUCCGCGCGCGGCGCAGCGCUGUACGUUGCGCGCGUGAUGUACGAUGUGCUCGUUGUAUCUUUGAUUCUAUAUGCGCUCCCCAUAUAUCUCGUAGUUAGUUGGUAGUAAAAGCUCCAGAAGUUCCUCCAAUGUAUCACAUAUUUCCGUUCCCC